UCCUUUUGAAUCCAUCCAAUACAUUACAAUCAACAAGCCAAUGAAUAUUAGAAUAUGGUUUCAAAAACUUACACAAUUUACAUCUUACUAAAAAAUAUUCUAUAAAAUCUUUUAUAUUUAGUAUAAUAUAUUUAAUACAUUAGUCGUCAUGAGUUUAGUGUCUUUAAACGAGGCUGAAAAAGUAUACAUCAUUCAUGGAGUCGAAGAAAAUUUUCGUUGUGAUGGCCGCAGUCGACAAGAUUACAGGCCAAUGGAACUAGAAAUGGAUAUUGUGAGUAAUGCUAAUGGAUCAGCUCGCCUCCGACUGGCCAAUUCCGAUAUAUUGGUGUGCGUCAAAGUGGAGAUCGAUUCACCCCUCCCUGAAACAUUAAAUCACGGAAAAAUCGAAUAUUUUGUCGACUGUUCGGCCAAUGCUACACCAGCGUUUGAGGGCCGUGGUGGUGAACAACUUGCCGCUGAACUCAGUCGUUUUCUAUACUUGGCUCACAGUCCAGUUUUCGAUUUGUCCAAACUUUGCAUAGUACCCGGUCAAUCGUGUUGGAAAUUAUUCGUUGAUGUUCUCAUUUUAGAAUGUGGCGGAAAUCUAUUUGAUGCCGUAUCUUUAGCCGCUAAAGCAGCUUUGUGCAACACAAGUUUACCGACUAUUGUGGGAACCUACGAGGAUGGCAAGAACAUAGAUUUACAGAUUUCCGACGAUCCUUUCGAUACCAGACCUUUAGAAGAAGCCGGCAACUUACCAGUGUUGGUAUCGUUAUGCAAGAUUGGCAACAAUUAUGUUGCCGAUCCAACCAUCGAAGAAGAAAUAUGCGGCGCUGGAUGUAUGGUGGUUUCAGUUACCCCAGCAGGAAAAAUAACGGCAGUGUUGAAAAAAGGAGCCGGCAGUUUUAUGCCAGACACGUUAAAUGAUAUAAUUAUGUCCGGUUCGAAUAUUGGCGUUUUACUAAACAAAGUACUAGAAGAAACACUCGCUGAAGACAGAAUAAAUUGUGUCAACAAAAAACCACAUGGCUUUCUUAAAUAAUUAUAAAUAAUAAAACAUCAACAUAGUUAUUUAUUUUCAAUGUAAAUAAUAUAAUACAAUGUUUAAUGUAAACAUGUUAUACAAUUUUUUAAUACUGAUGGACAAUAA